ACAUGUAAAAGAGUUCUCACAGAUACACACUUGAUCACAUUUUAAUUCUUAAGUUUCCACAGUUUUUGGGGGAUGGAGAACCAAAGAAGAUGCCUGCUUGAUGAGCUUAAUAGAGCUCAAGGGUUGGCAAGGCAGCUCCAAGCCAGUCUUGGCCACCCUUCUACAAUUCCGGUAUGCAAAAAUUUAGCACAAGAGAUUUUAUCAUGCAUUGAAAAAGCUGUUUGUUUAGCAAAACCAAGCCCUUUGGAGGAUUAUGAGAUUUCAGAGCAAGGAACAAAGGAACAAAAGAGAAGAGAUUUAACAAAGAGAAGGAAGGCAUCGCCUACAUGGACAAAGCUAGUGAAAGUAAGUGAAGGGCAAGGGAGUGAAGAGGAUGGUUAUCAAUGGAGAAAAUAUGGAGAGAAGGAAAUCCUUAGAGCCAAACAUCCAAGAAGUUACUAUAGAUGCACUCACCGUGGCAGUUCCGGAUGCCUAGCGACAAAACAAGUACAGAAAACAGAUGAGGACCCCUCAGUUCUUCGCAUCACAUACUAUGGAGUCCACUCAUGCACCCAUCAAAGACCUACUGAAGUUCAAAUUUCAUGCAUGAAAAAAGAAGAAGAAGAAGAAGAAGAAGAAGAAGAAGAAGAAGAACAGCUACAGCACAAAGGGCUGAAACAAGACAAUCAUAAUAAUGAACAACAACAGCAAAUACAACUCAACAUCCAAAGUUUUCUCACUAGUGCAAACAAACCAGGAGAUGAGGCUAGUUCAUCUUUCUCUUUCAACUUCGAUCCUGCCCUCGGUAGCUCAUCUUCUACCACUUUUCCACAAACUUCAUCGCUGUCAAAGAAGCCUGAGCUAGGAGAUUACAUGCCUGAAAUGCUUGACAUGGAUUUCAUGGCUGACACCAAUUUCUCAUUUGUAGAUACUUCCAACUUCUUUUCCGAUGAUGAUAAGAGGAAUUAG